UUAGGACAAACUGAUGCAAUGAGGAGCUUCUCAGUUCAUCUCCAUGACAACACCGGGAUUCACGGGGCUCCGGUAGUGAACACCGGGAGUCUAGAAACUGGUCGUUGUCUUCGGUGGUUUUCGUGGUUUCUCGGGUCUCGUCCUCGGUAAAUAAGUGGCGGAACCAGAGACCGUGAUGAAUCCUCCCGGUGGCUCGGACUGUCAUCCCGGGAGAACCGGGGGAGAACCGUGACCAGACCGAACAACAUGUGGAAGAAAACAUUUCUGCUGCUGCUUCACAGCGUCGAAGCUGUAGUGGCGUCUCCAUGCUGGCAGGGGGCGUCCUUCUCUGAGGCGGUGGUGUCUCCUGCCGUGGAGGGCGGUGGUGUCCUGCGUGUUCCGGGGGUGGCGUCCAUGCGUGGGUGCGUGGCGGCGUGCUGCGACCUGCCCGGGUGCGACCUGGCCUGGCUCUUCCGGGGCAGCUGCUACAUCCUGAGCUGCCAGCAGAGGGAGCACUGCAGACCCCGCCAGAGCCCCGGGGCCGACUCCUUCCUGGCCUUCCUGAGGGGGGCGCCCCCCCAGACCCUGAUCCUCCGUGGUCCGGGAGGGCGCUGGAGGCCCCUCCCUCGGCCCUCCCAGGCCCCCGGGCUCCUGGAGGCCCUGGAGGACGAGGGGAGGAGAAACCAGGAGGAGGGAUCAGAGGGGGGAGGAGCCAGGAGACGGAGCAACGCGGAGGAAACGACUCUUGAACCCAGAACAGUGUCUGACUCCGCCUCCUCUUCUCCUCCCUGUUCCGUCACCACGGCAACGGAGACAGAAACUACAGCACCACCAACCCCGACCAUGACCUCUGACCCCCCCACCACCUCCACUGUGAAGUCCGACCCCCCCACCACCUCCACGAUGGCUUCUGACCCCCCCACCACCAGCACUGUGAGGUUUGACCCCCCCACCACCUCCACAGUGACCUAUGACCCCCCCACCACCUCCACAGUGACCUCUGACCCCCCCACCGCCCCCCCCUCCUCUGCUGCUGGUUGGAGCCCAACGAGCUGGAGCACGUCGUCGCCUCCUGCUGGGUCAGAGGUCGGGGGUUCAAGCCGUGGUCCGGAGGCCGUGGUGGGUCCUGACAGGAGGUUGUUUCUCCCAGUGAGCAGCUUGUUGCUCAACGGCAGCGGCAGCACUGACAACCACGGAGUCAGCAGCUACCGGUGGGAGGUGGUCAGUGGGCCUCCCGGGCUGAAGCUGGAGGAUGCUGACCAGGCUGUUGCCACGGCGACGGGUUUUCGGACGGGGCGUUACACCUUCAGACUGACGGUCUCUGACCAGGAGGGGGCGACAGAUAGCACCUCCCUCACCGUCCGGAUCCAGGAGCCCAGGACUCUUCCUCCUGUUGCUCAUGCCAGUGGAAGUCACUCGCUGACCCUCCCCAACAACUCGCUGGUCCUCAGAGGAUCAGUCACCGACGGAGACCAGAACCAGCUCCACUUCCUCUGGACCAGAGACAGCCAGAGUCCUGCAGCCGGGGAGGUCCUGUACGGCUCAGAGACCCAGGCGUCCCUCUACCUGUCGGACCUGGUGGAGGGGACCUACCUGUUCCAGCUGAGGGUCACUGACGCCCAGGGACGGUCCAGCACGGCCACGGCCACCGUGGAGGUCCGACCAGAGCCUGGGGGGGGGGAGCAGGUGGAGCUGGAGAUGCUGGUGUCGGUGUCUCAGGUCAGCGUCGCUCAGAGGGACACGGUGGUCCGACAGCUGGCCGCCCUGAUCCACGUCCUGGACUCCGACAUCCAGGUCCGAGCUCUGCAGGGACACUCCCACCUCAGCACCGUGUUGCGGUUCUCGGUUCGCGGCCCCUCGGGCCUGAUCCCCGGCUCCAGGCUGGUCGGACUCCUCAGGACCCAGCUCCUCCGAGGGAAGAGUGACUACCUCCUGUUCAGAGUCCUGAGAGUCGACACCGUCUUGUGUCUGCUGCGCUGUUCGGGGCGGGGUCAGUGUGAUCCAAUCACGAAGCAGUGUACCUGUGACCCCUUCUGGACCGAGAACCUGAUUCGCCGUUACCUUGGUGACGGAGAGAGCAACUGUGAGUGGAGAGUCCUGUACGUCAUCCUGACCAGCUUCAUCCUCAUGGUCCUGAUCCUCUCCAUCAGCUGGACCUUCAUCUGCUGCUGCAGGAGGAAGAGGCAGAGUAAAGGGAGGAAGAAAACCAAGUACACCAUCCUGGACAACAUGGACGAGCAGGAGAGGGUGGAGCUCAGACCCAAAUUCAGUCUGAAACAUCGCAGCACGGAGCACAACUCCAGCCUGAUGAUGUCCGAGUCGGAGCUGGACAGCGACCAGGACGCCGUGUUCAGCCGGGAGCGUCCCGUCCGCAGCAGGAACCGCCUCAACGCUCAGGCCGCACGCAACGGAAACGCGUUUGGAUGACGGACAAAUGACGGCUCACAAGACUCCAUUACCCAGAAUCCCUGCACUGUGAGGCCAGCGAGACGAACCCAUUCAGAGACGGACUCGUUGAGGACACGAGGGGACGUGGGGGUCCUGAAGACCUGGAACCUCCGGGAGAACCUGUUUAGCCUAGCUUAGCAUAAUGACUGGACCUGCUAGCUAAGCUCAGCAUCUCAUUUACAUGUUGAAGCUUCAUUCUUUAAAAGACGUUUAAUAGUGAACGAGGCUGGACAUUCAUUAAAACGAGCUCAUCACAGCUUUUACAACAUCAUCAUCUUUAAUUUGUCACAAAUACAAAAAUCUCAUUGUUUACAUUAAUUUGGCAACAACAACAGUUUAUCACAAGGUUUUAGUGGAAGUUAUUGGCUUUAACCCAGAGGAACAUGUUGGACCCAGUGUUUCUAAGGGGUUGAUGCUAGCGCGCUACGUUACCACGGUAACAACAGUGAAAUGCGGAGAGAAGUUCAACAUCUAUUAACAAUAAAAACAACGUCGGCGGAUUUUCAGAGACCUGAACACUUCUGAUUGGAUGGAGGUUUCAUUUUGAUCCGCUAAGCCCCUCCCCCCACAAUCAUUUGUCCAAUCACAGCUCGGUAACGGUCUCCGCGUUAUUUGCUAGUCACUGUGUUGUUGCUCGUUAUUUGUUGGUAAAUUAUUUGAUUCAUCUUCACAUUUUAAAUUUGACAAAAACACAAUAAACAUUUAAUCUUG